AUGGAACAUCGUCAUACACCGGUUAAGGUGGCCGGUACAAGUCCGUUCAGGAAACCACAGCAAUCGAGGUCGGUCGCUAAUACCGCGGUUGCUAGCCCACGAUCCAGUCCCCUAUCGUGUAUCUCCUGCUCCGAAAAGCAUCUCUUGAAAUGUAGCGUCGCCCCAGAAUUCGAACCACCAGCCUCCUCCUCCACGGUAAGGUCCGUGGAAUCAAGUGUAUCAGCUCAUCCAGCUACCGAAGUGAGUCUGCCAGCUCAUGCCCGCUCUUCAAGCACAGCUUUCCUUUGCACGGUUGUGCUGACAGUCCUCGAUGAAGACGGUAACGAGCACUCUGCUCGAGCACUCAUCGAUUCUGGAUCCCAAUCCAACUUUAUCUCCAAAAGGCUCGCUAGUCGUCUGAGUCUGAAACCAGAACGAGCCCACAUCCUCAUCACUGGGGUUGGGGAGUUGGCAACCAGAGUUUCACAGCUGGUCUACGCAACGAUUCGCUCACGAGACGAGUACUACACAAGUGAAUUGGAAUUCCUAGUUCUUCCAACCCUCAUGACCGAACUUCCGGGCAGAGACGUGGACAUCUCCGAUUGGUACAUUCCCAAGACAGUUGAACUCGCCGAUCCCAACUUCAACAUCAAUAGUCCCAUCGAUAUGAUCUUGGGAGCUGACCAAUUCCAUGAGUACCUGAGGAACGGUAGAAUCCACCUCAACCGUGGGUCACCAACGCUAAUCGAAACAAUUUUCGGUUGGGCAGUUUCGGGCCGCUGGUACAGCAAUUUUCCACGGAUCCCUCUACGCUGUUGUACCGCAACCACCACCCAUAACCUGGAAUCACUUAUGGAGAAGUUCUGGGAGAUUGAGUUUAUCAAUACUGGUCGAAUUUACUCGGCAGACGAAGUCGCUUGUGAUGAGCUGUACCAGGCUACUACGAUCAGAAACGCAGACGGAAGGUAUGUAGUCGCUCUUCCAAAAUCUCAGAAUCCCCAUAUUCACCUCGGCGAAUCUCGAGCCAUCGCCGAAAGGCGUCUGCGAAGUUUGGAACGCCGGCUUGAGCGGGACGAAGCUGUCAAGGUAGCCUACCAUGAAUUUAUGGACGAGUACCUACGACUUGGCCACAUGCGACGACUCGAAGAUCCGGUAGAUGAUUCUCUGAUGCACUACUACUUGCCGCAUCACCCGGUGUUCAAGUCCAGCAGCACUACGACAAAGGUACGGGUCGUAUUCGAUGCCUCUUGCCGCACAUCAUCCGGCAAUUCCUUGAACGACAUUCUCCUCGUUGGCCCAGUCGUGCAAGAGGAUCUCCAGUCCAUCGAAUUGCGAUUCCGGACGAAACCUGUUGGAGUCGUGUCGGAUGUGGAGAAAAUAAGUAAACCAACAGAUCCAAUCUCCACGUUCGAGCUUCAGACCGUUACAUAUGGUACGUCCUCUGCGCCAUUCCUCGCCACUCGAACCCUAGUUCAACUCGCCAACGAUGAAGGUGAGAAUUUCCCGAUGGCCAAGAAGGCCGUGCUAGAAGUUUUUUACGUCGACGACCUCAUCAGCGGUGCCGAAACUCCAGAAGAAGCCAUCGAACUCCGUCGGCAGCUCAGUGAGAUGCUAAGUUCCGCCGGUUUUCCAUUGAGGAAAUGGGCCUCCAACAGCUCAGCAGUCCUAGCCGAAAUUCCUUCGGACCAACUAGCAAUCCAACCGUUCUACGAGUUCUCCGACGAGCAGUCAGUGACCAUCCUUGGACUGAUCUGGGAACCGAAGACCGAUACACUGCGAUUCCGAAUACAGCUUCCAAUUCCAGCUACCGUGUUCACCAGACGAAACGUCCUUUCGUAUAUCGCGCAGAUCUACGACCCACUUGGCCUCGCCGGUCCGGUGGCCAGGGCAACCAAUAUCCAGCUACACUUCUUUUCGGAUGCUUCCGAGAAGGCUUACGGCGCAUGCGUAUACAUGCGCUCCGAAGAUCAACAUCAGAACAAUUUCGUCCACUUGCUGGCAGCAAAGUCAAGAGUCACGCCGUUGAAGACCCGCCAUUCCAUUGCGCGCUUGGAACUCUCCACGGCGGUUUUGUCUACCGAACUCUUCCAAAAGGUAAUUGCUUCCCUAAAAUCCGACUGUCCAGUAUUCUUUUGGGUAGAUUCCACGACGGUGCUGCAGUGGCUAAAUUCAUCACCGGCCUGCUGGAAGGUAUUCGUGGGCAAUCGAGUCUCAAAAAUCCAACAAGCUACGGUGGGACAUCCAUGGAAUCACGUCGCUGGGUCCGACAAUCCGGCCGAUGACAUCUCUCGUGGCCUUACUCCGGCCGAUCUUCUCCACUGCGAACGCUGGUGGACCGGACCAACGUGGUUGAAACUGCCGUCGGACCUGUGGCCAAACCAAUCCAACGGAGGCGAUAAUACUUCAACAGAAGAACGCAAGAUUUGUCUAGCAGCCAACGCAACCCAAUCCAACGAGUUCUCCGAAUUCUUAUUUGGUCGCCUUUCGUCAUACUCCAAGCUACGCCGAAUCGUCGCUUAUGUUUUCCGUUACCUGCGUGCACUGUGCGCAUCAGCCGCAAGGAACCAUCCAAAUGGUACUUGUGCGGUCUCAUCGAAGUCUGUGGUACAACUCGCCGCAUUCCUCACAACGUUGGAACUACGGGAGGCCGAAAUCGCUUUAUGUCGCCUGGCUCAGCGCGAUACGUUCUCUGGAGAAGUGGCAGCUCUACGAAACGGUAUACUUGUGAAUAAAUCUUCGCCGAUGAAAUGGCUCAACCCUAGCAUUAGCAUCAACGACGUCAUUCGGGUCGGUGGACGACUCGAAAACUCCAAGGCUUCUGACGAUACCAAACACCCAAUCAUCAUUUCCGGCAAGCAUCCGCUGGCCACGCUGCUAGCCAACCAUUGCUAUCGAUCGCUACUGCAUGCCGGACCACAGCUGAUGAGUGCACCAUUCGCCAGAAAUUCUGGAUUCUUGGCGGUCGGGAUCUCCUUCGUCAGGUGUACCACCAAUGUCACACCUGCUUCCGACGAAAGCCAGUCCUUGUGCAACAAACAACCGCCGAUUUACCAACCUCACGAGUAA